CACCAUGGCCGACCAGCAGAACAACCCCAACCCCGCCCAGGGCGGCGCCUACCAGCAGGACGGUCUCGACAAGGGCAUCGACGCCGUGCUGAAGAAGACUGGCCACGGCCAGAGCGAGAGCACGACCGAGAAGAUCUCGGACGGCUUCCGCUCCGUCUUCAAGAAGGCCACCGGCAAGGAUGUCCCGAUCAAGGACAAGUGAUUGCCUCGCCGCGCUCGAGUCCCGUGCUGGCAUACCCCACACACCACACUGGC